AUGGGUGUGAUCGGUAUUCAGCUGGUUGUUACCAUGGUGAUGGCCAGUGCCAUGCAGAAGAUUCUGCCUCACUAUUCUCUUGCUCGAUGGCUGCUGUGUAAUGGCAGUUUGAGAUGGUAUCAACACCCUACAGAAGAAGAACUAAGAAUUCUUGCAGGAAAGCAGCAAAAAGGGAAAAGCAGAAAAGACAGGAAAUAUAAUGGUCACAUUGAAAGUAAGCCACUAACCAUUCCAAAGGAUAUUGAUCUCCAUCUAGAAACAAAGUCAGUUACAGAAGUGGAUACUUUAGCAUUGCAUUACUUUCCAGAAUACCAGUGGCUGGUGGAUUUCACAGUGGCUGCUACAGUUGUCUAUCUAGUAACUGAAGUCUACUACAGCUUUAUGAAGCCCACACAGGAAAUGAAUAUCAGCUUAGUCUGGUGCCUGCUUGUUUUGUCUUUUGCAAUCAAAGUUCUGUUUUCAUUAACUACACACUAUUUUAAAGUAGAAGAUGGUGGUGAAAGAUCAGUCUGUGUUACCUUUGGAUUUUUUUUCUUUGUGAAAGCAAUGGCUGUCUUGAUUGUAACAGAAAACUAUCUGGAAUUCGGACUUGAAACAGGGUUUACAAAUUUUUCAGACAGUGCGAUGCAGUUUCUUGAAAAGCAAGGUUUAGAAUCUCAGGGUCCUGUUUCAAAACUUACUUUCAAAUUUUUCCUGGCUAUUUUCUGUUCACUCAUUGGGGCUUUUUUGACAUUUCCUGGAUUACGGCUGGCUCAAAUGCAUCUGGAUGCUCUGAAUUUGGCAACAGAAAAAAUUACACAAACAUUACUUCAUAUCAACUUCUUGGCACCUCUGUUUAUGGUUCUGCUCUGGGUAAAACCCAUCACCAAAGACUACAUUAUGAACCCACCAUUGGGUAAAGAAAGUGUUCCUUUAAUGACAGAAGCUACCUUCGAUACUCUGCGACUCUGGUUAAUAAUCCUGCUAUGUGCUUUGCGGUUGGCCAUGAUGCGUAGUCACCUGCAAGCUUACUUAAACUUAGCCCAGAAAUGUGUGGAUCAAAUGAAGAAAGAAGCCGGGCGAAUAAGCACAGUUGAGCUUCAGAAAAUGGUCGCUCGAGUCUUCUAUUACCUCUGCGUCAUCGCGCUGCAGUAUGUGGCUCCCCUGGUCAUGCUGCUUCAUACAACCCUGCUUUUGAAAACUCUAGGUAAUCAUUCCUGGGGGAUUUAUCCAGAAUAUGUGUCUGCCUUGCCAGUGGAUAAUAGUCUACCCUCCAAUUCUGUUUACUCUGAAUUACCAUCUGCUGAUGGGAAGAUGAAGGUAACUGUCACACAGAUAACAGUGGCGCUGAGCAGCUUAAAAACCAUUUUCACGCCUCUGCUUUUCCGAGGCCUUCUCUCUUUCCUGGCCUGGUGGAUCGCUGCUUGUCUCUUCUCUACGAGCCUUUUUGGGCUCUUCUACCACCAGUAUCUCACGGUGGCAUGA